GACGGGGGCAAACUGGGGGUCCAGCCAAGCAAGAAUUCCUCCAGCUCACUCGUGAACUUGCAGCAAACUGCGAAAGCGCACUGGAGGAGAAGCAGCAUAGCACGGUUACACUAUAGACAGGAAUUAAGCUUGGCAUGGCAAUCCCCAGACGCGCGCUCAUCAUCAUCGCCGUGGUCGUCGUGCUGGCCAUCGUCGGCGUGAUCGUCGGAGUCGUGGUCACCAAGGACUCGUCCAAUUCAGCCAGCACCUCAGACGGAACGUCCUCAGGCUCGAUGUCCACGUCAGGUGGCAGCACAACGACCAGCUCAGGCGGCACCACCAAGUCGUCGUCCUCCACCAAGAAGACCAGCAGCAGUGGUUCGUCGUCCAUCACGUCGGACCCGACCAGCGUAACGUACUCGUUGGCGGCCUUUGCCAUUGGUGACUGGGGAACUACCGUCACGCAGGACUCGUGCUGUCAGUCCUCAGGCUACACAGACUAUGACAUCAACGCUGAAGAUGUGGUGGCCAGCGUCAUGAACCAACAGGCCGCCAACGCAGAUGUGGCCCCCAAAAUUGUCAUUGGCCAUGGCGACAAUUUCUACUGGUCGGGCAUCAACAGUGAAGAUGGUCGUGAUUCCCGAUUCACGACCACCUUUGAGGACAAAUUCGACGGUGACAACAUCAAGACCCUCCCAUGGGUGAACGUGUUGGGCAAUCACGACUACGGUGGAGCCGACUACAUUUGCUCAGACGGUGACAACACGGCCAAGUGUUCGGAUGGUGACGAACUGGUCACGGCAUUGAAGAACAAGUUUUCAUGGCAGUCAGGAUACACCAGUCCUAACGAUGACCGGUGGGUUCUGGAGGACCAUUUCUACGUCUACAGUAUCGAGGACUCGGACUCCGGAGUGAGCAUCGAUAUCUUCAACAUCGACUCGAAUGAUGCCGACUCGCACGGAGGUCUGGAGACGUGUUGUCAGUGCUACGGAUACGCUGGAGAUGAUGACGAUACGUGUGACAACGUUGCCCGUGGUGACGACGCUUGCUGUGGCGGUGACACGGACAUGUACGACGCGUGUCUAGCUCAGCUUACCUCCUGGGCUGAUGACUCUCGCACACAACUUAAGGCGAACAUCGCCAACUCGACGGCAACGUGGAAGAUCGUCAACAGCCACUACAACCCAUACGCCCACUAUGCCGAAGCAGGCAUGCAAGAGUGGUUCGACAUCAUCAAUGGUACGGGUGUUCAUUUGUGGUUAAACGGACACACCCACGGUGAAAACCAUGACUAUUCAUCUUCGCUUGGUGUACACUUUGUCGAUAACGGUGCCGGUGGUGGUAUCAUUAAGGAGUCCGCUAGUGGUAUUCCGACGUAUGCUGAGGACUACGUGGAGAAUCUGUGGGUAUACGAUGGUACGGAGUAUGGUUUCUUCUCGCUCACUGCGUCGAAAGAUUGGCUGAAGCUGCAGUACCACACUGCUGAUGAUAAGUGGACGUAUGCGGAAAGCUUUAACUCAACCACUGUCGGCGGUGUGGCUACAAAGCACUGCUGGUACGUCCCGAACGACGGUAGUGAAGGUCAAGAAUGUACGUCGUCGUCGAGUUCCUCGUAGAUAUAUUUCAAGUUUGUGUACACCAUCGGCAUUUUUUUUUGCUAGAAACCUAAAGAAAACUGUUU